GAUCUACAUUCACUGGGCCCGCUACUGUUGCUAUCCUCUUGAGACCUUCACGGCAUUUUUUGAUAUGAACAAAAGCUGGAUCCAUCCUCCACUUUAGUGUUCAGCAACUCCCUCCAAAUAAUUCCGUGCAAUUCCCUUUUGGUCUACCACCGCCAACACCAUAUAUUUCCCCAGACGGUCUCGCCACUUGGAAGUGAGCGACUAUCAGUGUCAGCGAUAUUGAAUUGAUACGUUCAUUAAUCCGCCGUUGAUGCCAAUGGGAGUUCCAUGAUAAGCUGUGUUCAGCAGUAUUACCUCAACAAUCUCACUCUUCUAUUCUCAACCUGCCAACCUCCUUAUGUCUCUUCCAGUCUUCUCAACACAGUCGUAUUCCUCUGUCCCACAUCCGUUCACCCCCACCAUACCUCUCUAUUCCCGGACGGAAGAUUCGACUUGUGCAAAAAAACGACAUCUCGAAACAGUUUUGGAGGACCCUGAUCACCACUGGACCGCACCGUUCAGGGACGGUCUCCCUACUCCCCCGAACGAUAUGGCCGGCGUUGCGUACAACAGCAUUCCCCCUUCCGGCUAUGGCGGUAAAUUUGGUGGAGUUACACUUCCCCCCUACGCCAAAGCACCGAAUUAUACGCGCAUGGCAUCGGACUACCAUCACUCUACUGCCUCUGUACCGCAGUCGAAGCCGCCGAGUCAACCCUCUCUUCAAGACGCCCCGUCUUCUGAACCAGCUAGCCAGAGGAGAGGAGGUUCUAAGUCGGUUGCUUCUUAUUUGCAGAUACCGUCAUCUAUCAACAAUAGCAAGGGCAAUCUGGCCGACUUUGCUGCUCAGAUGACAUGCUUGUUCUGGUUUGAAACUACGGCCAAGUUGAAUGAUAUUGAAGAAAGGAAGAAUCCUCUUCUUUCCAUCGUUCCAGAAGCGAUUCCGUCCGCUGGUUUUCUAAAAUGGGUGACAAACAUCCUUUCGACUACGCAAGUGAGCCAGAAUGUCAUUCUAUUAGCACUUCUCUUCAUAUACCGGUUGAAGAAAUUCAAUCAUCGAGUUCGAGGAAAGAAGGGUAGCGAAUAUAGGUUGAUGACAAUUGCUCUUAUGCUAGGAAAUAAAUUCCUCGAUGAUAACACCUACACAAAUAAAACGUGGGCCGAGGUUUCUGGAAUUUCUGUACAGGAGAUACAUGUUAUGGAGGUGGAGUUUCUCAGCAAUGUGCGGUACAAUCUCUUCGUUUCGGAGGAAGGGUGGACGCAGUGGCAUUCGAAACUCAGUCUUUUUGCCGACUUUUUCAACAAGGCAUCUUUGUCGCCAGAAUCGAAGGAACUAGAGUCAUCAACUCCAGCACCUCGUAUCUCGCCAAAUCUAGGAGCUUCUCAAGUGUCGUCCUCGCAAAGACUGCCCUCUCCUCCCAAUUCGGAUGUUCUUCGUGCUCAGAACUGGAGCUUACCAUCAAACGCGCCAGCCUACGCACCACCUCCACACUUGGCCAAGGAAUUCCCGCCGAUGCCUUCUAAGAAGCGGACCCUAGACGACUACGUCGAGGACCAGCCAUCAAAACGAGCGGCAAUGUCAACUACUUUACCUACAUCGAUGUCGACGCUUCCAUCGGCUGCUUUGACCGGUGUCCCUACUUUGCCUCCAGUCUUGGCAGCGACAUCCGCUCCGCCGGCGAACAGCUUAUCUGGAUCGAUGUCACGAUUGCCACGUCCGAACUUCCCACCAUCUUCUAAUGCCCUAGCUCCGGGCAUUCCAACCUCUGUGCUUCCCUUUCCCUCCGUGGCUAAUCGCGCAAUGCAUUCGGUCUACAAUCCUUCCACCAGUUGGGUCCCUCAGCUGCCACCAACUCAGGUUCCUCCCAUUACGAAUGGAUUGUACAAUCCUUCGGUGUCACUCCCAGACCCUGCAAGGCAGCAUAAUAGUCCGUUUGGCGUCACCUCGGCCACUAUCUCACCCGCCAUCUCUGCAUACUCGAGCCACACACCUCAGACUAACUUGUCGCCUUCCUUCUUCCUUGCAAACCGCAACUCACCUUACCGACCUGUUCGCAAUUUCAACACCUUGUUGAUUCCUCCACCCUCGUCCUCACUUCAACAACAACGCGCUGUUCCUUUCGAGCAUAUGCAUUAUCAGCCUCUCGGUAAAACCGCAGCUGAGCGCAAGACAGGCCUGUUGCCCUACCUUCACCACGAGGCUUGGCCGCAGGCACCUUUUCUUCAACCCACCUUCCAUUCAACUCCGCACUAUUAAAGCUCAUUGACAUCUUCUCUUCAUGUUACGAUUGAAUCACGACCCCGUACGAAAGAGGUGUUUUAGCCUUGAUACUACUAUUUUGUUCUUUUUCUUUUCCCCCUUCAAUCCUGUAUCUUGUACAGCUUACAUUUCUCUUUUCCUUGUUAUUCUAACGACCUUGCAUUAUUAUGGCGUUCAAUAUUAUAGACGGCUGUUGCAUUUAAGAGCCAAUGGGAUCACUGACGAUCAGG